UGUGACUUUUUCAAUGAGCUCCUCUCUAUGCAAAUUAUUACAAUGCGAUAUUUUUCAUCUCGACCUCAGCUCAAAAUCUUUGUUCGUGCAUUAUAUCUUGGAACGGCAAGUAGAAAUUCGCCAAUUAUAAAAAACAUCGGGAUGUCAGGUGUUCCGCAAAAGUCUUCAGAAUCAAUGAAAGCAAAUUUUGUAUAUCCCGUUGCCCGUAAGGACUUAUCGAUUGAAGAUAACUUCCAUGGCUCAAAGAUAAAGGACGUUUACCGUUGGCUUGAGGAUCCGGACGCCCCUGAAACCCAAGAAUAUGUUAAUAGUCAAAAUAAUAUAAGCCAACCAUUCCUCGAAAGUUGUGAACAGUGGAAAAAAAUAAAUAAUAAGCUUACAAAACUAUGGAACUAUCCGAAAUAUGGAUGCCCCAUGCAAUAUGGAAAAUAUUAUUAUUAUUUCAUGAAUACGGGUCUUCAAAAUCAAAGUGUUAUGUAUCAGCAAGAUUCACUACAUGGCGAGAGCAAGGUUUUUCUGGACCCUAACAGCCUGUCUGAGGAUGGAACAGUUGCGCUGUCGCAAAAGGCGUUUUCCGAAGAUGGUAAAUUUAUGGCUUAUGGGCUAAGUGAAAGUGGAUCUGAUUGGACUAAGAUUCGCAUACGAAACACUGAAACCGGUAAGGAUUUCGACGAAGUGCUUGAAAAAGUAAAAUUUUCGGAAAUAUCAUGGACAAAGGACAAUAAGGGAUUUUUUUACGGAAGAUACCCUGAUCAAGAUGGUAAAACUGAUGGUUCAGAGACCAAACAAAAUGAAAACCAAAAGCUUUAUUAUCAUCUCGUCGGAGAAAGUCAGGCUAAGGAUGUAUUAGUCGUUCAGUUUAAUGAGGAACCGUCGUGGCGCUUUCAAUCUGUCGUAUCCGACUGUGGCAAAUAUUUGAUACUGGCCAUUGUUAAAGACUGUCGUGAUAACAUAAUAUACUAUGCCGACCUUAAACCCGGGGAGCCAAUUAAAUCCGAACUGGAUGUUAAAAUCAUUGUUGAUAAAUUUGAGUCAGACUACGACUACGUGACUAAUGUGGGGUCAAAGGUGUAUUUUCGUACAAACAAGAAUGCUCCAAAUUAUCGUGUCAUAAUCAUCGACUUUGAAAAUCCAGCCGAAGAGAAUUGGGAGACCCUCAUACCGGAACACGAAAAAGAUGUGUUGGACUGGGCUAAAUGCGUCAAUGAAGAUAAGCUUAUUCUUUGUUAUAUAAGAGAUGUUAAAACGAUUUUGCAAGCUAAUUCACUUCAAACGGGAACACUAAUACGACAAUUUGAUUUGGAUAUUGGUACCAUUGUUGGAACCUCUGGAAAAACAAAAUAUUCGGAAAUUUUUUACAAUUUCUCGUCAUUCCUAAAUCCCGGAACAAUUUACCACUAUGAUUUUAAAUAUCCAGACCAGCCACCAAAAGUCUUUCGGGAAAUUAAACUCAAUUUGGACGGAUUUCGACAGGAUAAUUACGCCGUUGAGCAAAUCUUUUAUUCUAGCAAAGAUGGCACUAAGGUGCCAAUGUUUAUAAUACAGAAGAAACGAGCUGUUCGUGAGCCCCGACCAUGUCUGCUUUACGGUUAUGGAGGAUUUAAUAUUAGCAUGCUGCCAACAUUUGGGCUAACAGGUCUUAUGUUUGUAGAUACUUUUGAUGGCGUUCUGGCUUAUCCGAACAUUCGUGGUGGUGGCGAGUACGGCGAAAAGUGGCAUAAUGGCGGACGCUUGCUUAAUAAACAAAACGUUUUCGACGACUUUCAAUGUGCUGCAGAGUAUUUAAUUGAAAACAAAUUUACCACAAAAGACCGUUUGGCAAUACAGGGCGGAUCUAACGGCGGUCUUCUGGUUGGUGCAUGCAUCAAUCAACGUCCUGAUUUGUUUGGAGCAGCUAUUGCACAAGUUGGCGUAAUGGAUAUGUUGCGGUUUCAUAAAUUCACUAUUGGUCACGCUUGGUGCUCGGACUAUGGAAAUCCCUCGGACAAGGAACACUUUGAUAAUCUUUAUAAGUUUUCUCCGUUGCACAAUAUCCAUGCACCACAAAAUGAAUUGAAAGAGUAUCCAUCCACACUGAUUUUGACCGCUGAUCACGACGAUCGCGUCAGUCCACUGCAUUCAUUAAAGUUUGCAGCUGCAUUGCAGGAUGCUGUGCGUAAUUCAGAAUUUCAGAAAAAUCCGUUGCUACUUCGUGUAUACAAAAAAGCUGGUCACGGUGCUGGAAAGCCAACAUCUAAAAGAAUUGAAGAAGCUACCGAUAUUCUAACAUUUAUGUAUAAAAGUCUUAAAAUGGAUGUCAUCAAUUUAUAAUUUGUAAAUAUAUAGGUAACUAUUGUA